AAUGAAAGAUAUCCCGCCCCAUAAAUCAUAAUCACAAUCAAACAACAUCGAAUCACCCUCUACAUUUCUCCCACGUCUUUAUCAUUCACUACAUCUCCAUAACUCACUUACCUUAAAACCCACUUCAAAUUUCACUUUCAAUUCAUAGAUUCAAACCCAAACCCUAAAUUUAAUCAAUUUAAUGGGUAAACAAUACGAAGAAGAAGAUCAAAUUGCAUCAAUGCGAGAAGCAUUUUCUCUCUUCGACACCGACGGAGACGGAAAAAUCACCCCAUCUGAUUUAGGCAUUGUUAUGCGUUCUCUGGGCUCAAACCCGACCCAAUCCCAACUCCGACACAUUCAAGAGAAAGAGAAUCUCACUUCUCCCUUUGAUUUUCACCGAUUUCUGGAACUUAUGUCUAAGUACAUGAAACCCGAUGAUGACCCGUUCGAAUCGGAACUCCGAGACGCGUUUCGGGUACUGGAUAAGGAUUGUUCGGGUUUUGUGUCGGUAUCGGAUCUUCGUCAUAUAUUGACUAAUAUUGGGGAGAAAUUGGAGCCGGCUGAGUUUGAUGAGUGGAUUCAAGAAGUUGAUGUGGGUGACGAUGGGAGGUUUCAGUAUGAAGAGUUUAUUUCUCAUCUUCUUGUUAAGUGAUCAUGGUUUUUUUUUUAUUUAUGUUUCAUUUUAGUUUUAUUUUUAGGAAAAAUUAGUUAGAUUAAAUUCAAUCUAUUCGUGAUUUUCCUAUAAUAAUUUUACGUAUUAAUUAAUUAUAAUAAUUUCAACUUUAAAUGGUAUUUUUCUAGUGUAAUCCCGAUAAACUCGGUUACCGGAUGAGUUGCCACGGUAAGUUUUAUUUUUUUAAUAGAAAAAGAUAAAUUAAAAUAAAAUGUCGAAAAAAUGUUAAAAAAAUAUCAAAAGAAUUUAUGAUUUUUUUUAUUAUUUAGAAUUUUUUAUGUAAAAUUUUAAAAUUUUUUUCUAAUUUUAAAUUAAUUUUCAGUUUAUUUUUUUCGGUGAAUUACCUAUUAUAUAGUAAGUCAUCGGAUUAUCUAAAUUUAUUUUAAAAUUGAAAUUAUUUAUGAUUAAUUAAUAGGUGAGAGUAUUGUAAGAAAAUCACAAAUAAAUUAAAUUAUUCUAAAUAAAUUUUCCUUAUUUUUAUAAUUAAAUUUAAGAUUAGAUUGACUAAAAAUGAGCUUGUGGAUCUUAGUUGUAGUGUCAUUAGUUUGAGGAUUGAAAAUUGUCUCAUUUGAAGUAUGUAUGUUACUUCACUCGAACUACUCUGUAAUGAUAAAAAACUUUGUAAUGAUUGAAUUCUAAUCAAAAAUUAUAUGGAGUUAAUCAAGUA